AUGGGUGACAGUCAGUACUCGUUUUCUCUUACCACUUUCAGCCCAUCUGGGAAGCUAGUUCAGAUAGAACAUGCUCUUACAGCUGUUGGAUCAGGCCAAACAUCUUUGGGGAUUAAAGCUUCUAAUGGAGUUGUCAUUGCAACCGAGAAGAAAUUGCCUUCUAUUCUAGUUGAUGAAGCAUCUGUUCAAAAGAUUCAGCAUCUGACUCCUAACAUUGGAGUUGUAUACAGUGGCAUGGGUCCUGAUUUCCGAGUUCUUGUUAGGAAGAGCAGGAAACAGGCUGAGCAAUAUCUCCGGCUGUACAAAGAACCCAUCCCUGUUACUCAACUUGUAAGGGAAACCGCUACUGUUAUGCAAGAGUUUACUCAAUCAGGUGGUGUUAGGCCUUUCGGAGUUUCUCUGCUGGUGGCUGGAUAUGACGACAAGGGUCCACAACUGUAUCAGGUGGAUCCAUCUGGCUCUUAUUUCUCCUGGAAAGCUUCAGCCAUGGGAAAGAACGUUUCUAAUGCAAAAACAUUCCUUGAGAAAAGGUACACCGAAGACAUGGAACUCGACGAUGCCAUUCACACAGCGAUACUGACUUUGAAAGAAGGCUUUGAGGGGGAGAUCUCAAGCAAAAAUAUUGAGAUUGGCAAAAUCGGUGCUGACAAAGUUUUCAGGGUACUAACACCAGCAGAGAUUGAUGAUUACCUUGCUGAAGUCGAGUAA